UCCAGAUGGGACGUUUUGCUCCUCCUACUUCCACGAGUUUGUUGCCCUAGUGCUCAAACGUGGUUAGCAUGGUUCAUACAAAAACACUAAUAUAGACUUCCGCAUGUUAUUAUAUGUCAUGUUAUUUAAUGAGCGUACAUUUGAGAGAUAUUAACAACAUACAUUGAUCAAGAGAAGCCCUUUGAAAGGCACAGUUUUGAGAAAGCAACACAUCUAAACAUGUUUCUCGAAGAUAGCGAAUGGAAUGAUGAUGGCCAGGCUUCCCAACCCACGAUCAAACCUGUUCUCCCCAGGCCAGUUCAGAAAUCAAAUCGCAUCGUUACGUUUAAGCCUAAAAGUGUUGCAAAAAAGAGCCUGUUGAGGACUCUAAAGAGUCUAGGACCUGCCCUGGAUCAGAAGAGCGACCAUGUGCAGAAGGACAGUGAUAGCGAAGCAGAGCCGGAAUCAGCACCACCUCGUCCCAAGAGAAAGAAGAAAAGAAACCGUGGUAGAAAGAAAAAGGAUGAAGCGGGGACAGAGACUGCUGUCCCAGCCGACGACAAGAAGGCUGACUCGGUUCCUAAAAAGAUGAAAGAGAAAGACAGCAAAGCGGGGUCCAUAAAGCUUAAGAAAACGGAUUCAGGCAAUGGAAAGUCUAAGGUUACGCCGGAGAUAACGGAGGAAAAUGAAAUGAACAGAAAGCAGUGGAAAACCAAGAUGAAGAACAAGAGAAAAUGUAAAAAUAAGUACCGGGAGAAGGAGCUCGUAGUACCUAAAGACACCGCAACAGAGAACGGAACAGGGGAGCAACAGAAAGCAAACACAAGUAGCAGCGGUAAAAUUAAAGUUACUUUUGUCAAGACAGCAUCACAGAACCAGGCCAAGCAGAAGGAGUCCAAACCACAGAAACGGAAACUAACUGAACCGGCACAAAGCAUAUCGAACACAGCCGAGGCACAGAAACCCAAACUAAACAAGGAACCCAUGAAAAACACGAAAGUGAAAGAAACCCGACGAGGGAAAACAGAGCAGAUUGGUUCUCUGGAUCCUGAAGUGCCCCACCAGGAGGUAGAAGUGCCCCACCAGGAGGUAGAAGUGCCCCAAGCAGAGGAAGAGGUCCAGGAGGAGGUGGAGGAGGAAGACGACAAGCAGGAAGAGACGCCCGCCAUCAAGCGACAGAAAAUGCACCAGCUCCAAGAGGAGCGACGCAGACGGGAGAGGCUGCGGAAGAUACUCCACAGCAAGCCGGAUGAACCGGAGCGCCCCACGGAAGACCAGGAGGAGAAGGAGGAGGAGGAACAGGAGGAGGUGGCGGCGGCGGCCCCGCCCUUGGACCGCUCGGCCACCCUCCGGUCCCGCAUGGAGCAGCGCCUGGAGGCGGCCCGCUUCCGCUACAUCAACGAGGUCCUGUACACGUCGUCGAGCGGAGAGGCCAAGCGCAUGUUCUCCCAGGACCCAGAGGCCUUCGGGGUAUACCACAAGGGCUUCACCGCCCAGGUCAAGCACUGGCCCGCCAACCCCGUGGACGCCAUCAUCGCCUACAUUCACAAGAAACCGGCCUCUCAUGUGGUGGCUGACUUCGGCUGUGGCGACUGUAAGAUUGCCCUCAGCGUGAAGAACAAGGUGCACAGCUUCGACCUGGCCCCCAUCAGCGACCUGGUCACCGUGUGCGACAUGGCUCAUGUACCUCUUAAAGAUGGCAGUGUGCACAUAGCAGUGUUUUGCCUCUCUCUCAUGGGAACCAACCUGAUUGAUUUUCUAGCGGAGGCGAAUAGAGUGCUGGUCGUGGGGGGUAUACUCAAAAUAGCGGAAGUUGCAAGCAGAUUCGACGACGUUCGUGGCUUCUUAACUACGUUGUCACAUCUCGGGUUCAAGAUGAUGAUAAAGGAUACAGAGAACAGUCACUUCUACUCCUUUGACUUUAUCAAGACAAAAGACGUUUCGGAAGACAUGAAGUCGUCAAGUUUUGAGCUGAGGCCCUGCGUGUACAAGAAAAGAUAGACCUGGGAAUGCAUUUGAAAUAUCUGUACACUCACUGGACGUGGUUUCAUGAAGAUUCCCUGGUCCAACUCAAUCCACAUGGGAGCAUUUUGCCAUGUAUUCAAUGUUUGACAGGUAUUUUUUUGUACAGUUUUCUUAAAAUACAAUUUUAAUUGAAAUGUCGUCUGCUUUACUGACUCUGAAUUAGUCAAUUAAAUGGAAAUGUACAGAGGGGUUGAUACAUAGACAAAGUACGUUAUUACAAUACACUUUGAAUAUGGUGAAUUAUGUUAUGUUAAAUUUGCAUCACUUCAGUGCUGUUCAAGAAUGGAUUUACAUUUACCACUAGGGGGCGUGAUAAUACCUUUUGUUAAAGGCUAUAUUAAAAACGGAAAACCAGCUUAUCCCAGGACCUAAUUUUCUAUAGCAAAUAUCAUGUCUAAGACGUAAUUCAUUAUAUGCAAUAAUUCAAAGUUUGAAUUAAUUACAAUCCUUCCAGGACCAAAGGCUUCACAGUCGUAUGAGAGACAAAAGCAGUGUGCAUGCAUGUGUGUGACAGUAAGUGCUGCAAGCGAGUUGCAGAACCUCUCUGGCUGUGCACUCUCCAUUCUCCUGACCGCGCAGUGGUUCAGACGGUGGACUUGACGUCAGACACUAUACAGUAGCCAUCCAGAUGGGCAUACUGUUGGCCGUCUGGUCGACGAACCAGUGCCUUGCUCUUCUCAGGGGAGCUUAGGGGUCGAACUAAAGCUGUCAGAGCUGAGGUCUCCCGUUUCUAAAGUAGAAAAUCAUAAACAAAUGCAGAAAUCUGGUUAAUGUUGUUCUACGAUUCGAUGGACUUACACGAAAA